AUGAUGAGCGCCGUGAAGCUGGAGGGCGGCGACGACUGGACCGCGUUUUACCACGAUGAGGUGUAUCCCAGGGCCAACGGCAUGGCCCCCACCCUCAGCGGGUUCCCCCCCUCCAGCGUGCCUUACAUGGGCUCUAGUCACCCAGCAACAGGCAUUGGUGGAGGGGGCGCAGGGGGCUUGGGAGCUCCUGUGAAUCAGUUCGGAGGCUUGUCAGCCCACGCCUACGGUGGGGACGGCGAAAGGGGUGCUUUUGCUUUCGAAAUUGCCGGCGGCGAGCCCAGGGUGGGGUUCCGGAGGAGCUUCAGUCACGCCAAGCCGCCCUACUCGUACAUCUCGCUCAUCUGCAUGGCCAUCCAGCAGUCCCCGGCUAAGAAGCUGACUCUCAGCGAGAUCUACCAGUGGAUCCGCCAGCUCUUCCCCUACUACCGGCAGAACCAGCAGCGAUGGCAGAACUCCAUCCGCCACUCGCUGUCCUUCAAUGACUGCUUUGUGCGCGUGCCCCGCUCCCCGGACUCUCCUGGCAAGGGCUCCUACUGGGCCCUGCACCCAGACUCGGGCAACAUGUUCGAGAACGGAUGCUACAUGCGUCGGCAGAAGCGGUUCCGCUGCCCGCGGAGCACCGAACGCAAGGCAGCCCGGGACGAGAGAAGCGCCGAGGGCGCUGACGCUCCUACUAACCUCGCCUCCUCCGUGUCUUCUAGCGGCGGUUCACCCCAAGGCCAACCACCUGCCGUCAUCUCGAGCCCCCGGUCACCCAAAUCUCCUUCCUCUCCGCUCCAGUUUCCCGCGCAGCAGCAGACUGUUUCUCCAUCCUCGUCUCUGCUUCCUCCCUCCAGCCAGCAGCCCCUCUGCCUUUCUCCCGCUAGCCUUUCUCAGCCCCCCCUCUCCUCACUCCCACCCCAGUCCCUGGCCCUGGACCCCUGCGCACGUGGUGAACCCCUCAGCCAGCACCCUUUCUCCAUCUCCCAGCUCAUGAGUGAGGAGAGAGGGGACAUGCAGUCCUAUGACUCCUCGCUGGGCUUUUCCGGAUACUACAGCCCAGCCUCCUCCCAUCACCACAACCCCUACUCCACCACCUGGGAAGGAGCACCCUUCGCUGGGGACUCCAUGUACUACUCCAGCAUGUACUCUGUGCCCAUACUGAGCUCCUCCUGA